UUGACGGUUGUUAACAGUUGUUAUCGAUAAUAUUUCAUCGGUUAUUUGACAGUUCUGAUUGGCACAAAUACAAAUAUGGCACAUGUGGAGCCGCAUAAGGAAACUAGCGAAGUACUGGAGCAAAUAUUGAAAUUAAACAUAGCUGAAAAUGUAGCUGAAAUUACGACGCUAUUAAAGAACUUGCGUUUGGUACUGACCCAGAGUCCGGAAAGUCAACGAACAUUGGCAAAAAAUGCAGAAUUUGCGAGAUUCGUUAGAGAUGUUGUAUUUAACCCAAUUAUGCGAACAGAGCAUCGCACACUGCAUAUAUUGACAUUACAGGUACUGGCCAAUAGCGUAGUUAAUAAUGAAGAGUCCCAGGCUGCAAUUUGGCAAGCACAUGGAGCCCAAAUUGCCGAGCAAGCAGCGAUAGCUCCAUUGGGCAGCUCGAAUAAUGUGCUGCUCAUGAUUAUGUAUAAUAUAUAUAUGGGCGCACGUUUGCCUGGGGAUCAACUGGUAUUUGAGACGUGUGUCAAGCUGUGGCAGGCCAUCAUUGAAACGCAAACGGACUAUAAUUUUGAAUAUUUGCAUUUCUUGAUGGAACAGUUUAUUGUAAAAGAUGGACGAAGCUGUGUGCAGUGCUAUCAACAACUGAAGUCUGUUGAGGAGCGUAUAACCUUUCUUGACUAUGUCGCUCAUUAUCUGCGAGAGGACAGUCCAAAUGGUGAAAUUAACAACAUAUUACUGCAAUUCUUUGCCAAGGAGUUCCGCUUGAAAUCCGAUUGUAUAUUACGUGAAACAAUUAAGCUGAGGCACCAGCUGCAUCCACGCGAAGUGCACACUCUGCUACGUAUCAUAGCAAGCGCCAGCGGCUCGGAGAAAUAUGCCAAAACAUAUGCAGCCGAUCAGUCGCUGUUCAUUAACGUGAGCAGCCUGCUACGCUGCGUAAUUGCAGCUGGUAAGGAGCCGGACAGCUGCCUGGAUAAACCCAUGACAAAACUGGAGGAAGUGGCGCUCAGCUCCAACAUCGAUGCGGACUACGAGGCGAGAGUCUCCUUUGAGUUGAAAACCUUGCUCGUUCGCUGCACAGCCAAUUUGUUGUAUGAAAACGUGGCCAAUAGAGGAUACUGUCUCGAUACUCAGCUGCUGCCAGCGCUGCUCGAAUGCACAGUCAUGGAUGCACGUAAUCCUUUGAUGCGCGAGUGGAGCAUUUUGGCCAUACGCAACGCCUGCUUUAAGUGCCCAGAGGCUCAACAGGUGAUAGCCCAGCUGACACUUCAAGGCGCUGCUCCAAAUGAUUUGCUCAGCGAAUUGAAUUUAGAUUUGGGCGCACUGCGCAUCACAGACAGAAAGCAAUAGAAUCGGAGCCAAAUAAGCACGAACAAGUGGCACGACGUCAUCCACAUUUGGCUUUUGAAUGAUGCGCUAAAUGGUAUGCCAAAAAGCCCAAGAAAAAAUAAACAGAAAGUACGAAACGAAUAUAAGAAGAA